CUCGUCAGGGCACUGCGAGCUUGACAACUCUGGAAAAUCAGAUCCUGAAGAUGGCGAGCAUCAGAUUCCUCCUGGCGGUGGCGCUGCUGGUGGCGGCGCAGGUGAGCCUCGCCGCCGCCGCCCCCCAGCGCUGGUACUCCUACUCCGGCGGGUUCGACCGCGACGACAGAUUCGACAACGAUCGCUACGACAAUGAUGGAUUCGACCGCGACGACGGCUUCGGCAACCGCGGUUUUAACGGCAACUCUGGAUAUUACAAUCCUGGAUUCAACAGCAACGCAGGAUUCUACAACAGGGGAUUCAAUCGCUACAACCAGAACGGCGGAUUCUACAACCAAGGAUUCCAACGAAGCAGCGGAUCCUUCAACCGUGGCUUCGAUCGCGAUGACAGCUUCGAGGUCGGUGGCUACGACUUCGACUUCGACUGAAUCGCCUUCGGGUUCGAAUACUGCAGGGACGUCAGUAGUGAAGUGAAUACCUUGGAUAUAUAUAUUUUUUUUUUUUGUCACAAAGUUCAAUGUUGUCUUGUUUCGUAAAUACAUUUAUUGAUAAAAUAAGCAAGAUCAGAUAAUGUUAAUAUUGUGACCGGUAUAAAAUAAAUUAACACUGUAAUUAAAAUGAAUAAUCUCGACUGAAUUAUUACACAUUAAAAACCUCCCUUGUGUUUCAUAUCCUUUUAAUUUUCAAUUUUGAUUACACAAACAUAAAGAACCUCUACCGAUGGUAAGAACA